CAGGUUUAGACUCAGGUUCAGUUAUUGAGUGAAAACACCAACAGACUCAGACAUUUAGAACAAACUAAGAGUCAGAUCAGCAGAAACAGAGAACACGGACAUGUCUGCUGUAACUGCGUCGCUCUGCUCCACGCUGAUGUUUGUCCUGUUCGUCUCUGCAGACCAGAAAAACAUCACAGCUGAGUCUGGACAGGACGUCACUCUGACAUGUCGAGCUCCAAACAACAACAUCAUAGUUGCAGAGUGGAGCAGAGCUGACCUGGGAGAUGAAUAUGUGCUUUUGUACCGGGAUGGUCACUUUGUUCCAGACAGCCAGCAUCCAUCUUUUAAGAACCAGGUGGAUCUGCAGGACAGACAGAUGAAGGAUGGAGACGUGUCUUUGAUUCUGAAGAAUGUGAUGAUUAAUGACGCUGGAACAUACGAGUGUCGUGCCCAGAGAGAAGGAGACAGUAUGAAGCUCAUCAAGAUCUUCAACCUUCAUGAGGAUGGAGGAAAGAAGCAGGAUGGGGUCAGCAGAGGGAGGCAUGGACUGAUAGCAAGUCUCUCAGUUUUUGUGCUUCUUGUUGGUUUUUGUAUCUACAGAUGUAGACAACAACAGCAGAGUGAGGAAACAAACCAGCCUCCUGUUGACCUGCAGCAGGUUUAAA